AUGGCUGGUUAUGGGACAGAGCUCAAGGGGGAGGUGGUCUCGAAGCACCUGUCGGCAAGGGUGAAGGCCAGGAAACAGCGCACGCGGAUAGCUGAGUUAAAUGUCAACGGCACGAUGGUGUGCGACAAGCAGGGUAUUCUAGAUGCGGCUGCCGAUUUCUUCAACGGGCUCUUCGGGACGGAUAAACGGACUCACCGAACAAGUUGGUUACCGGACCGGAGGCUGUCGGCAGAAGAGGCGGAGGGACUGGCUCAGGAUUGGUCGGAGCAGGAAGUUAAAAAUGCUUUCAAGGCGUUGGCGUGCGGUAAGUCGCCGGGCUUGGACGGGAUCCCGAAAGAGCUGUUCGAGCUGCAUUGGGACAUCCUAGGAGAGUGCUUCAUGAGCCUGGCGCGCUCCUUCGAAGCUUCUGCAUCGCUGCCUGCAAACACCAAGGAGGCGGUUACGAUCUUGCUACACAAGAAGGGCGACAAGGGCCAAAUAAGCAACUACCGGCCUAUUACGCUUUUGAACUUCACUUACAAAGUACUGGCGAAAGUGGUGGCGGACCGGAUGAAGAAGGUGCUGCACCGGGAAGCGGCGAAGAGGCAGUUGGGCAUUGUCACUGACUCGGGGAGGAGGCUGCCUUACCUGGGUUAUGCGGACGAUACCACGCUUCUGCUGCAGGGGAGGGAGCAGAUUGCAGAGGCAGGGAAAAUGCUGGACUAUUUCGAGCGUGUUUCUGGUUUGGCCACAAACAAGGAUAAGUCGGUGGUGAUGCCGCUGGGCAGAAAUCUUGGAGGUCGUCCUUGGAGGCCGGACGGUUUCAAGUGGGCCGGUGCAAAUGAUGCGGAGAGACUGCUCGGGGUCUGGGUCACCGCCUCAGGCGACUGCAAGGCGACAUGGGACAAGACACUGCUGAGACUUCUGGGGGAAAUGGGGAAAUGGGAGCUGAAGUACCUCACGAUUACGGCGAGGGCGGUUGUCAUCAAUGGUUACAUUACCCCGAUCAUCGCCUUCCAGGCGCAGGUUUACCCGCCGCCGCAGGAGGUCUGGGGUCGGAUAUCGAAGCUGAUUCAUAAUUUCCUCUCGGGCAAUCACGCGUCGGAGGAGGGGUGUUUCAUCCUGUGGGGGAGGGAAACAAUAUUCGCAACACGGGAGGAGGGAGGAGUUGGUGUGAAGGAUCCGGGGGUUCUGGUCACCUGUCUGGCCGCUAGAAGGAUCGGAAUCCUGCUCACCGAGCCGGAUGAUUUCAAACGAGACAUGAUGCUCGCAGCAGCAGGCCUGCCGCUGGGGCUGGAUACUUUCCUAUCGCAUGAGAAGCUGUUAAAACACUGGGUUGGGGGGAGCGCGCGAUGGAAGCAAACCUGCGAAUGUUUCAUGGCGUCGCCGUUCGCUUCGGUCAGCAUGCCUCUCACCGCAGCAGAAGUUGCCGCAGAGAGAUUGGUUUUCAACAGAGGCAUUCUGCUUAACGGGAGAACGCCGGUUGGGGGACAGAAGGCUGCUAAGGCGCUUUGGGAGAUCAAGCUGGGGGACCUGGUGGCGCCCAUGGCGAACGGUGGGAUGGCAGUAAAGAGCGAGGAGACCCUAGCAUUGUCGCUUGGAACAGCUUCUGCUCGGCUGGCGCUGAAGGGGCUGGCUGCCGCGCCUGAGAACUGGAGGGAGCUGCUGCUCGCCUCAUCGGAAGGAAAUCAGGGCGCAGGCACGGGGGGAAGGGCAGCUGUAGCCCCUGGGGGUAAACUAUUCCGCACACCCAUUUUUCACCUCGGCCAAGUCGCCCCGAUUAAGCACCUGCGGCUAGCAUGGAGAAGACAGGGGCACUCGGCGCGGAGGAGGGAGAAGUGGGCAAACCGUUGGGGGGGGGAAAUUGACUGGAAGCGGCGCCUCUCCCUCCUCCCAACCGCCGUCGCCUCUCCCUCCCAUCCCGCCAUGGCCUCUCCCUCCCGCCCCGUCAUAGCCGCUCCCUUCCUCCUCGCCGUCGCCUCUCCCUCCCUUCCCGUCGUCGCCUCUGGUGGGUGCACGAGCGUGAGCGCGUGUUGCUGA